CGCGAUUGGACUUCUAACAGUUAGAUGAGCGAGCGAUGGCGAGCAACAGGCCUACUUCGAGAAUGGAAAACCAAGCAGGCAGAUCGCAGCAACCGAUCCUUUCCUGGUUUUUUUAAAAAUGCUGGCAAAUAUAAACGACAGCUUGCUAAAAGUCACAAGCCUGUAAUCCCAGCAAAGGCACAGAAGAGAUUUGCUUUCUCUGUUUCUUUGCUGGGAUCUAAAUCAGAAACAACCCCAUCCCUGUCGGAAGAGCUGGAGUUAAUGCAAGCAGGUUUAGGGAAGAGGACCCUGUCCUUAACUUCAGAUUCAACACAUCCAGAGUUGUCAAAUUUGUUACGGGAAACCUAUCCAAAAAUGAAUGAUUUGGAAGACAGAUGGCUAAUUUUCAAAGCGGCAGGUGGAAAUGGACGAAGGAGACUGUCUGCUGUACCGUUGGAUUCAGAGGGGUAUACAGGAUCACUAAUCAAAAAUGCCUCAGGUGGAGGAAAAAAUUUACUCUACAUCGUACCACUUCAAGAUGAGCUUGAUUUGAUGCCACUGCCACCAGAUGCACCUGAAUUUGCAAGAAUGCCAAAGGCUCAUUGUAAAAAAUGCAAUACUUUGAUGCCUCUUCAGACAUUGGCUUUGCAUGCUGAACAGUGUGACAACUUGGAAACUUCUGAAAAUGAGGAAGAUGAUUUGGUGUUGAUAGAGGAGACAACGUCUUCAAGGCAAAAUAUUGCACCUUCUAAUGAUGCAACAUCAUCCAAUGUUAAACCAUACGCUCAGGAGGCACUUGAGGCCCAGUGCCCAAUUUGCAGAGACACAUUUCUUGUUUCAGAACUAGAAGUGCAUGCCAGCUUUUGUGGAGAAAGCAGUCCACAUGAAGUGAGAGAGGAGCAACCGUCCUUUGGUUUUGAUAACAUCUCAUGUGAGGAGGACGUAAUUCAAUAUGCAGCAGCACAGAUAUAUGCCACAAAAACAUUUGAAUUAUGCGUGUCACGAGACAACAUGGUUGAGAGAGGUCUAAAGAUGUGGAAACGGCAAAAAACAGGAAGCCCUGUCAAUCCCUUGAAAAUUAGCUUCCUGGGAGAACCCGGAGUUGACACAGGGGCACUGAGGAAAGAGUUUCUUACCACAAUUGUUGCCGGUAUUGAAAAACGUCUCUUUGAAGGUGAUUCAAAGAAUGGAAAAAUGCCCAAGUACUCCCUCAAUGAUCUUGAUAAUGAGCUGUUCAAAGUUGCAGGUGAAAUAUUUGCUGUGAGCAUUGCCCAAGGAGGACCAGCCCCACGGUUUAUGCAAGAAUGGUGUUAUGAAUACCUUGCAACUGGUAACAUCAGACGGGAUGGAGUACAUGACACAGAGAUAUCACCACUAAUUAAAAUGAUUGAAGACGCAUCUGACCUGACCACUUACACAAAAGAAAUCUUGGACUGUGGCUACACUGGACCAGUCAACACUGAGCAUAAGGAAAGCAUAUUAAGAGCACUUGCUCUACAUAUCACCACAAAACGCAUUCCAAUGCUGCAACAACUCCGUGAAGGCCUUCAGAUUUAUGAUCUUAUCAAAAUCAUCCAAGCCAAACCACAUGAGUGUCAUGACCUGUUUGUUAUAGGUCAUGAUGACAAAGUUGAUGCCAAUUACAUUUCAUCCCACCUAGCCCCAGAGAUGAGCCCCACUGGUUCACUUAAACAAGUAAAUGAGUCCAAAAUCUUGGAAUUCUUCCAAGAUUUCUUACUUGAACUUGAAGACACACAACCAGAAGAUGAUGUUGCAGGGGAAUCUGAUGGCAUGUCUGUAUCUCAGAUAAUGCAGUGGAUCACUGGCCAAUCUCACAGGCAUCUACUUGUGUCCGAAAGGCAGAAAUUUAAAGUUACAAUUAAGUUUGAUCAUUGUUGUCUGCAACAUACUCCUAACCACAGUGUGUGCUACCCAAUUGUCAGUGCUUGCACAAAUACCAUAACAUUUCCUGUAGCCCACAUGGCCGAUUAUGAAUCUUUUAAAACACUCUUGCAAACUGCUGUUAAAUAUGGGUCAGCCUUUGACAGAGUGUAAAUAGUACUGACUUGAGUAUCAGUACUAAUGAAAAAAAAAAUGACUAGCAUUUUAAACACCGCUGAUUGACCAUUAUGUUCACAUGCCCACUAGAUAUAACUAUGAUUGGCUACAAUGAUCAUCACUUCAUAAAACAUUUGGAUUGAUACACGGACACUAGAACAUUUGAAAGCCACAUAUCAGUUAAUCUUUUAGCAGAUUCUUCUCAGAUAAAUUCUGACAGACAUGGAUUUCAAACGCUCCAGUCUCCGUGUGUUGGUGCAAAUGCUUGGUAAAAAGUGUGAAGCAAUGAUCAUUAUACAUGAGCAUAUGAACAUGAUGGUCAAUCAGUAGUGUUCAAGAAUCCACUCAACAGCACUUAAGAUGCAUUAUCAUAUUUUGUACAUUUGUAUUACUGAUACCAAGGUUACUUUUGACAACGGUAGUCUACUGUAGAAAAUCAGUUCAUGGAUUCCUGGUUAAACCUUAUCUUUUCUGCACUUGGGACAUUAAGUUUUUAUUUGAUGCAUGUUUAAAUGCAUUUAAGCCUAAAUGUUUUUGGGUAAACAUUUGUUUCCACACAUUGACACACCUUUUGUGGGAGUAAAGUUCUAAUGGAAAACAACUUCCUGUUAGCAUACUGUGAUACUUGUAAUUGAUAACUACGUCUUAAGUCUACGUCACAAUGUAAAAUUCAUCAGUUUCAAUAAUUUCCCUAAUAAAUUACACUUAAAACUAA